UUUUGUCAAUUAAACCUUAAUCAACAAAACCCACCAAAAAAUGAAGAAGAGGAUAAAGAUAUUCUAAACUAGGGUUUUGAAUAUUCUAUUUCCUGUUCCUCUAAUACUUCUUCUUCUUCCCAUGGCUGUUAUCUGUUUUAACUCUAAACUUAUCCAUACUUCAACUCAUCCUCAAUCAUUUUCUUGUAAUCCUUCUAGGUCGAAUUUCAAUGAUGAAACUGCUACAUUGCUAAAGACUAUUAGAGGUAAAGGAGGAAAACGAACUAGUACUAGUAGUUUUGUUGUUCUAUCUACUCAUUCAAACCCUAGAAUUUUAAAGCCUAAUUUAAGGUCUCCAUAUGGACAAAGUUUGUCACCUUAUGAUAGUGAUGAUGAUGGUGAAGAAGAAGAUGAUGACAUUUCUGAGGAUGAGUCUGAUGAUGAAUUUGGUGAGGAUGAGGAUUCUGAGGAGGACUCAAAGAGCUUCUAUUCGAAAAAACAAAGUAAAUCUAAACAAGGCAACAUAAGAAAACCAAAAACUCUAUGGGAACAGAGAACCUCAUUUAAUGGAGUUAGCAUUAAAGGUACAAACAGUCGAAUGGAUGUGAGAAUUGGUAAGCGUAGCACUGAGGAGGCAAGUUUUGAAAAUUAUGAUUCAAGUAGAUCGGAAGAGAUGGGAUCCUUCGAUGUUAGCGUAGAAAGAAAGAAGAAGAAGGCGGGAAAAUCUACUGCCAGUAGGUUUUCUCAACUGUCAAAAGAAUUAGAUUUGGAUGAGAAAUGGAUUCCACUUCUUGAUUACCUUACCACAUUUGGCCUAAAGGAUUCCCAUUUUAUUCAAAUUUAUGAGAGGCAUAUGCCUUUCCUUCAGAUUAAUGUGGCUUCGGCUAAGGAAAGGUUGGAGUUCUUGUUAAGUGUAGGUGUUAAACAUAGAGAUAUCAAGAAAAUACUUUUGAGGCAGCCACAGAUUCUGGGGUAUACCGUAGAAAAGAAUAUGAAAUCCCAUGUUGCAUUUUUGACGGACCUUGGUGUUCCAGAUGCCAGAAUUGGACGGAUAAUUACUGCGACUCCAUCCUUGUUCUCCUACAGCGUAGAGCAGUCUCUUAAACCAACUGCUAGGUAUUUAGUUGAAGAGGUUGGAAUAAAAAGAAACGAUUUGGGUAAAGUUGUGCAGUUAAGUCCUCAGAUUUUGGUUCAGAGAAUUGACAACACAUGGAAUACUCGCUUUUGCUUUCUCUCGAAGGAACUGGGAGCACCCAGGGAAAACAUAGUAAAGAUGGUCAAGAAGCAUCCCCAACUUCUUCAUUAUAGCAUCGAGGAUGGAAUACUACCAAGGAUAAACUUUCUCAGGAGCAUAGGAAUGCGUAAUUCAGAAAUAGUAAAAGUACUAACAAGCCUUACGCAGGUGUUAUCUCUAUCACUUGAGGACAAUCUAAAGCCUAAGUAUUUGUACCUGGUGAAUGAGCUUCGGAAUGAGGUGAAGUCCUUGACCAAAUACCCUACAUAUUUGAGUUUGUCGUUAGACCAGAGAAUUCGUCCUCGACAUAGGUUUUUGGUUUCCCUAAAGAAAGCUCCAAAGGGGCCAUUUCCUCUGAGUUCGUUCGUUCCAACAGAUGAAAGCUUCUGUCAACAAUGGGGAACUAGUAUUGAUUCAUAUAUGGCAUUUAAGCAGAAUUUACUACUGAAAGAGUUUGCAAAUAAAUACCAAAGAAAGGGUUAACGGAAUUAGUUACUUAGGGAUCCUAAUGGUCUUACCAACAAGUCUAUCAACAGAAGUUCUUCAAGAGUAUGGGGUGCUUCUUAAGGCAUGGCGAUUUUGUAUCUGUUCAAGAAGCUCCAUUUUGAUACUUAAGGAGCUGCCCUGGCUUUAUGUAUGCAUAAGCUUCACACCGACUGACUCAAUCAUGUACAAGCGGGUUCUUUUUGAAUAACUAUCUAAAGGUUCUAGUAUGAAGCAAUCCAAUUAACGAACUUAUGAGGCUAGUGUAUUGUUCGCCAAAGCUCAUUUGGAAAGGUUCUGAUGUAGCGCAUGUAUCUCGCAAGUGCACUUUCAUACUUCUAUACUUCCUUUUGGUCACACUCAUUUUGUCCAACUUACUCGUGUGCUUAUUACCUUGAUGAUUGUAAUUAAAAGACCAUACACAAUUUUGAUCUUUUUUGUAUCCCUACCCCUUUAUAUAAAGUUUAUUUUCUUUUUUAAUUGUAAUGUUGAUGUCUGUAAGAAACAUACAAACAUACUAGUUAUACUUGAAUGGCCUGUGAAAUCUGUCAUU